AUGGAACAAGGAGGUGUAUUAAAAACACUGGAUAAGGAGGAUUCUUCAGUGAAGGAGUUGGUGGUGGAGAAAAAAGAUGAUAAAAGGAUUGGCCAAGAGAAUUCUGACUUGAUUGAGGAGAAUGAGAGGUUGAAACUUAGGAUAAAAGAACUGGAGGAGAAGUUUUAUAUGGAAAGUUUAGACGAGGGAGGAGGAGAUGAUAGGAGAAACCAGGUAUCAGUAUUAACAGAGCAGCUAGUUCAAGAAAGGAAUGAGAAUGAGAGGUUACAGGAGAAUUUGAGUGGACUGCAAGAAUCACUAGUAAAAAGUAAGAAAAAAUUAUUGGAAUUCCAACAGAAAGUAUAUGACUCAGAGAUCAUAUCAUCUCGAAGCCAACAUGAAAGUAAGAUAUUGGAACAAGAAAAGAAUGCUUUGCAAGAUUCUUUAAAAAAGUACCAAGAAGAAGCUGGAGUAAUGGAGAACAAAAUUAAAGAGCUUUAUACUUCUAAGAACAAUAUUUUAUUGGAAUCAACAAAGAAGAUAAGUGAUUUGGAAGUUUCUUGUAGGGAUUUUGAGCAUAAAAUUGCUUUGAUACAAAAAAGUAGAGAUGAGUUAGAGAUGGAAUAUUCCAAGACUUGUGAUGAACUUAGGAGAGUAAAGUCUGACUUAGAUUUUGCAAAAGGUCACUAUGAGGGUAAAAUUAAGAUAAAGGAGGAGGCAAUUAGACUAAAAGAAGAACAAGUACAACAGGUUCAAAGCCUAUUAGAUAUGAGUAUAAGCACUGCUCAAAAUUUGGAAUCAGAGAUUGAAAAGCUCCGAUCUGGUAUAACAGAGGAAGGCCAUCACCGGGAUGAGGAGAUUUUGAGAGGUUCAUUAGGAGGAGCUUUGAGGGAACAAAGCCAAACAACUGGGUUAAAUAAAUUUGGUGGUAAGCAACUUACAGAUAAACAAGCUUUGGAAAUCCUUGUAAAGAUUUUCGGAGAAACAUAUAUUUUAGGAGAAGCAUCUUCAAAGGUAGAAGACACUCUAGAUGGCCCAGAAGAAGGUAGUGGAACCACUACUUCCGGAGGAAGGAGGAUUUUGAUUGAUUUACUAACCCAGUUGGAAGAUUACCAACAAAGUAUGGAUGAGCUAAGGAAUCAGAAUCAGGCCUUAAAGGAAGAUUUAAAAGAGUUCCAGUACCAUUUAAGAGUAACAGUUCCUGAUUUUGAGUUAACAAGAGAAAAGUUUGAGUCUUUGCAAGCAGAAAACAAUUUUGCCAUUCAACAGAUCCAAUCUCUAACUCAAGAGAGACGGACACUUAUUCAUGAGGUAUCUGAAUUAAAGACUUUGUGGCAACAUGAAGCUAAAAAAAGGGAAAUAUAUGAAGAGCAAUGUAAAAUGAUUACUCAAAACUUCAAUAGAAUAAUUAACAAUACAGGUGCAAUUGAUAUUUUUGGAAAUGACCUUGAAAAUCAAAAUAGUAAAUUUUCCACAGAUCUAGAAAUGAGACGGGAUCUUGAAUAUGUGGUACCGGAAAAUAUUGGAGAACGAGAACAAAUAUAUGAAAAUGUGAUAGCCAAUAAAACUAUGGUUGAGAAAAUGUAUUCAGAUAUAAUAGAACAGAAUACUCAGUUGAAGAUUCAAGUUUCGAGACUUAUAGAGGGGAUAGAGUUGGAUAGCCAGAUUCAAAUAAGAAAGUUAACAUCUGAUAUUGCAUCUUACAAAGACCAAUUUGAGAGGAUUCAUAAUGAAAGAGAUGAGUUAGUUUCUCAAUACCAAGCAUUGAUUUCUAAGUUGGAGGAAGAAAAUAAUAAGUUGAAGCAUGAGAAGGACUUGGCUAAGGAAAGUAUAGAUAAGGAUGAUGAAGGAAAAAGAGAGGAGGGUAAUAUUCAAUCUGAGAAGGUAAUUGUUGGUGAUCCUACUAUGAAUCCAAAUAUAUUUGUAAAGCAAUUGGGUGAAGUAACGGAGAUGUGUAAGACAUUAAGUGAGAAACUUACAAGUGAGAUUGAAUCUUCUACACAGUGUAAAUCUGAGUUAUCACGUUACAAAGCUCAGUGUGAAUAUAUGGAGAGUAUGGGAGAAAGAAACAGAAAACGUCUGGAUGAGUUAUUUGAGGAGAGGGAUGGACUUUAUAUGCAACUUAAUGAUUUGAGACGUCAACAAGAUAGAAAAGAUUCUCAAGUACAAGAGCUUAAGGACAGAAUAAGUUCUAAAGAAUCUGAGAUUAUGGAUUUGAAAAGAGAGAAUGAGCAUCAGAGGCAAAGUAUUUCUAGUCUAAAUGCUUGCAUUUCAGAUUUAAGAUCUGAUAUUGAACAGGGGAUUAAGCAGAGGAGUCAGGAUAAUGCUUUGCAAAGGGAUGUAAUUAGCCAAUUACAGGGUGAACUAGAGGGUAAAUGUGUGGAGAUCAACAGUAUGAGAAAGAGCCAGGAUGCUAUUUUACAGAGAGAGUUUGAAGAAUCUCAAAGGUUGAGACAACAAUUAAGAGCAGAACAUGAUAGGUAUCAAGGUUUAGAAUCUAAGAUUAAAGAUUUACAGAAUGAAAAAGAGAAUCUAGAAAGACGUUUGACUGAAAUUGAGAACGAGGUUGAGACUAAAAAAAACAGAUUAAGCUCCAUAGGAGUGUUUGGAUUAGCAACAUCUUCUCCAGAAAGUUCUGAAAUAAAGAGCUCAGUAAGAAACAGUAUCAAUAUAAGUGGUUUUAAUAGUAAUAUUGGUAUUGAAGAUAUGGAUGAAGGAUGUAAAGACCAUUCAAAUAUAGAGACUGAGGUAUCUAAAUUACGUGUACAGUUGGAAGAGAGUAGAAAACUACAGAAUUACUGGAAAGAACUUGUACAAUCUGUAGAGAAACAGUUGGAGACAAAAACUCGAGAUUUAGAAGAGUUAAGAGUAAUUGAAGAGAAUCUUAAGGGAGAAUUAGAGUCAAGGAGGGAGGAGGCAAAGCAAAUGGAGGAGGAGAGUCAAAAGGAGUUAACCAGAUUGAACGAGAGUAUAUCAGCUAUGACAUUAAGAAUUUCUUCAAUAGAUGAAGAAAUUGCAAAAAGGGAGUCAACUUUAAGAGAGAACUUAUCUCAGGUAACAGAAGAGAAUUUAAUUCUUAAAAAGGAGACAGAAGAAUUGAGACAGAUGGAGCAGGAUCUAAGAGGACAGUACCAGAAUAUAGUAAGGAUGCACAGUUUAGACAUAGAAAGACUUCAAAAUAUGAAUAAGCAAUGCAUAGAGCUUAAAGAGGAACUGGGAACUCUUCGUGAGAACUCAAGAAAAUCAGAUGAUGAAAACACAAAUUUGGUUAUGGAGAUGCAAAAUGACAUACUCCAUUUGAGACGUCAGUUGGAAUCUUAUACUAAAAAGUAUGAAACAGCAAAGACGGAUAACAUUAACUUGAGAGAGAUGAUGAAUAAGUUAAAAACUGAGCAUCAGCUUCCAAGUGGAUUUGAAUCCAUGUUGGAUAUGGCAAUGGUUUCAGCCUCCUUGGUAGAGGGAGGGGAUGGUGAAGAGGGUAACGGAAAGGUUUCUGAUGAAAGGAGGCAAUCCAUACAGUCAGCGAGUGGGUCAGGAGGGAGCUCAUCAACAAAUUCAUCAUCAGUAACGGCUUCUUUAUUGUUGAUGAGAAAAGUACAAACAUUGACAAGCUCAGUAGAGGAGUUGGAUACAAAGCUUGAUGAGUCCAAGAUAGAGAUCCAACGUCUUACAUUUGAGAGGAAAUCUUUACGUGAGGAGAAUGAGGUUUUGCAAAGAAGAUUAACUGAAGAGUUGGAAAGAGCAUCCGAGUUUGCAUCUAAGGCGGAAGCAAAUGAGAGCACUUUAAUUCGUCUUGGUGAACUGGUAACUUUAAGGGAAUCAAAUGACAGGUUAAGAAGGGAGUUAAUACAAGCAACGGAGAGGCACAGUAACUUGGAGAAACGAUUAGAACAAGAAUCUAGGCAGUCAGAUCCUUUGAGAUGCGAGAUCUCCAAGCUUGAAGCUCAAGUAGAGAAUUUAAAGUCCCUCUGUGAGGAAAAGUCAGCAUUAAGUAGGUCUUGGGAGGAGCAAUAUAAUAGAGUUUUGCUCAACUAUGAAAAUAUGAACCCAAAUGAGAUAUCUCAGAUGAAAGAGGAGAUUAGCAAGCUAAAAGUUUUGAAUGAAGAGCUAAAAGAUACUUUAGGAACUAAAACUCAAGAGAUAGAAAAACUACAAAUUGAGAAACAACAAGAACAUGUGGGAUUCGAAGAGCUUCAGUUAACCAAACAGCAGAUGGAGCAGCUCAGGAAGGUCUACAUGAGCACCAACCAAAAGCUAAAGGAGGAGAGAAAUAAGUGUACCCGCUUGGAAAAUGAGUUGAAGAGACUAAACUCUCAGACUCAAACUCAGACUCAAACUCAACCACAGAUUCAGGUUGGUGUAAGUAGCAAUCUCAAUUCCAGUAACUCACAGGAUGGCAGUAAUAGUAAUAACAACUCCCAAAGUUACAAACCAAGUUCUCAGGAGAUUAAAAGCAUUUCACAAGCUACUGAAAACCUGGUUAGCACUGUUUUGAAACUGGCAAAACUUUCCAUAUUAAGAAUGGAAUCUGAAGGAGUUGGCGGUAACACACAAACACAAUCUGGUUCAUCAUCUUCCUCAUCUUUGGUUGUUUCACCCUCUGGUAUUAAUACAGCCACAUUGAAUACAUUGAAUUCUAAUAAUGUUAUUCCUGAAAGCACUUUUAGUGGUGUUACCAGUGAUAAUGCUACAACUGCUGCUUUGGGCAAUUCCAAUACAAUUACUACAUCUACAUCAUCUAUUGCUACUACCAACAAUACUGCUACUGUUAUAACUAACAACUCAUCUAGCAUGACAGACACUACCGGGGCAGGAGCCACAGCAACUCCACCUGUCUCCUUCCAACCUCUUCCUCCACCACCCCCUCCGCCACCUCCCCAUUUGCCUUCCAACCCGACUCAAACCCAAGGUUCAGGUUCGGGUUCGGGCUCUGGCCUAGGAUCAGGAUCAGGCUCAGGCUCAGGCUUAAUGGAGACACAAACAACUGUUUCAGGAAACUCCAUACCUUAUACAAACCCAUCAGAUUCCACAAAACAACAAAGAAUUCAGGAGAAUUCGGGUAGUUCUUCCUUCUUUCCUGCUCAGAAGAAGAGACCACUUACAGGGGGAUGCACGGAAACUAAGGAAACUGCAAAUCAAAACAACCAGGAGAAUACUCAAACAACUUCAAGUACAUAA